AAUUAAACUUCAUAUCGGAAAAUGGUAAUGGAGAAAUAAAAAGUAGAAUUGAUUAUAUUUGGAUAUUGGAUAAUUUAGCAGAUCAACUAUUUUAUGGAGAUAUUAUAUCAGCACAUUUGACAAGUCAAAGUGAUCAUGCAUGUGCUAUUAUAGAAAUAGAAACAAACAUUUUUGAAAAACAAAAACCAAUGUUAAAAAAAAACUGA